GACUCCCUAUAUAAAGAGACUCGUUGGCUCUCGAUGUGUUGCAGAAUCCCACAAGAGACGAGAAAACAUCCUUAACACACCCCUCCAUUGAUCCCAAUCAUUCAAGCAGUCAUGUCUCUGUCCAAGGUUUUAGCUUGUUUGCUCCUUUCCCUCCUCGUUCUCCAUCAGCUUGUUGAAGCUGCUGAUGCUACGGAGGAGAGCUCUGAAUCCGUGGAAAGUUCUGCCGCCAAAAAAGUAGAUUGUGGAGCGGCUUGCGCCGCCAGGUGCCAGUUAGCAUCAAGGCAGAAAAUUUGCAAGAGGGCAUGCGGGACCUGCUGCACCCGCUGCAAUUGUGUGCCGCCGGGGACCGCCGGCAACCGGGACGUGUGCCCUUGCUACGCCAGCAUGACCACUCAUGGAGGCAGACUCAAGUGCCCUUAACCUAGUCAAGCACCCGCUGUGGAAUUGGAGUGCGAGUUUCGUGUCAUUUUGAUGGGCAUAUGUAGCCGAGAAUAAAGGAAUUUAAUUGAUUAGCGCGUGAUCUUCAGUACAAUAAUUAGAAUGUUCCUAUGUAAAACCCCGAUAUCAUGUCGAGUUCUCCGUGUAUAGAGAAAUAAGAACAAAGAACUUUUAUGAGUUCAGAUCACGGUUCUUAGGGUCACCUCAAGAA